CCCCGCGCCCGCCCGCCCGCGGCCCCGCCGCCGCCGGCCCGGACAUGGCCGCCAACAUGUACAGGGUCGGAGACUACGUCUACUUCGAGAACUCCUCCAGCAACCCAUAUCUGAUCCGCAGGAUCGAGGAGCUCAACAAGACGGCCAACGGGAACGUGGAGGCCAAGGUGGUGUGCUUCUACCGGAGGCGCGACAUCUCCAGCACCCUCAUUGCCCUGGCGGACAAGCAUGCAACCCUGUCAGUCUGCUAUAAGGCCGGACCCGGGGCGGACACCGGCGAGGAAGGGGAAGUGGAGGAGGAGGUGGAGAACCCGGAGAUGGUGGACCUGCCCGAGAAGCUGAAGCACCAGCUGCGGCACCGGGAGCUGUUCCUCUCCCGGCAGCUGGAGUCUCUGCCCGCCACCCACAUCAGGGGCAAGUGCAGUGUCACCCUGCUCAACGAGACUGAGUCKCUCAAGUCCUACCUGGAGCGCGAGGAUUUCUUCUUCUAUUCCCUAGUCUACGACCCACAGCAGAAGACCCUGCUGGCUGAUAAAGGGGAGAUCCGCGUGGGGAACCGGUACCAGGCCGACAUCACCGACUUGCUGAGAGAAGGUGAGGAGGAUGGCCGUGACCAGUCCAAAUUGGAGACCAAGGUGUGGGAGGCACAUAACCCACUGGUGGACAAGCAGAUUGACCAGUUCCUUGUGGUGGCCCGCUCCGUGGGAACCUUCGCCCGGGCCCUGGACUGCAGCAGCUCAGUGCGACAGCCCAGCCUGCACAUGAGCGCUGCCGCGGCCUCCCGAGACAUCACCCUGUUCCACGCCAUGGACACCCUGCACAAGAAUAUCUACGACAUCUCCCGGGCCAUCUCAGCCCUCGUGCCGCAGGGCGGGCCCGUGCUCUGCAGGGACGAGAUGGAAGAGUGGUCAGCRUCUGAGGCUAAUCUUUUUGAGGAAGCCCUGGAAAAAUAUGGGAAAGAUUUUACAGAUAUUCAGCAAGAUUUUCUCCCGUGGAAGUCGCUCACCAGCAUCAUCGAGUACUACUACAUGUGGAAGACCACUGACAGAUACGUCCAGCAGAAACGUUUGAAAGCAGCUGAAGCAGAGAGCAAGUUAAAGCAAGUUUAUAUUCCCAACUACAACAAGCCAAACCCGAACCAGAUCAGCGUCAACAGCGUUAAGGCCAGUGUGGUGAACGGCACAGGGGCGCCAGGCCAGAGCCCCGGGGCUGGCCGGGCCUGCGAGAGCUGCUACACCACACAGUCUUACCAGUGGUAUUCUUGGGGUCCCCCUAACAUGCAGUGUCGCCUCUGCGCAUCUUGUUGGACAUAUUGGAAGAAAUAUGGUGGCUUGAAAAUGCCAACCCGGUUAGAUGGAGAGAGGCCAGGACCAAAUCGCAACAACAUGAGUCCCCACGGCGUCCCAGCCCGGAGCAGCGGGAGCCCCAAGUUUGCCAUGAAGACGAGGCAGGCUUUCUACCUGCACACCACCAAGCUGACCCGGAUCGCCCGGCGCCUGUGCCGUGAGAUCCUGCGCCCAUGGCAUGCCGCACGGCACCCCUACAUGCCCAUCAACAGUGCCGCCAUCAAGGCUGAGUGCACUGCCCGACUGCCCGAAGCUUCCCAGAGCCCACUGGUGCUGAAGCAGGCAGUGCGGAAGCCCCUGGAAGCUGUGCUCCGGUAUCUCGAGACCCAUCCCCGACCCCCCAAACCCGACCCUGUAAAGAGCGCGUCCAGCGUACUCAGCAGCCUGACCCCUGCCAAGUCGGCCCCGGUCAUCAACAAUGGCUCCCCCACCAUCCUGGGCAAGAGGAGCUAUGAGCAGCACAAUGGUGUGGACGUUGAUGGUGUUUUCUCUCCCUCUCUCCUGCCCGUGGCGCUGCCAGGCAACGUGAAGAAGCGCCUCUUGAUGCCCAGUAGGGGUCUGGCAAACCACGGACAGACCAGGCACAUGGGACCAAGCCGGAACCUGCUGCUCAAUGGGAAGUCAUACCCCACCAAAGUGCGCCUGAUCCGGGGGGGCUCCCUGCCGCCUGUUAAGAGGCGACGGAUGAACUGGAUCGACGCCCCGGAUGACGUGUUCUACAUGGCCACGGAGGAGACCAGGAAGAUCCGCAAGCUGCUCUCAUCCUCGGACACCAAGCGUGCUGCCCGCCGGCCCUAUAAGCCCAUCGCCCUGCGCCAGAGCCAGGCUCUACCGCUGCGGCCACCCCCGCCUGCACCAGUCAACGACGAGCCCAUCGUCAUCGAGGACUAGGGCCGCCUGCCCUUGCCCAUGUCCCUCGAGGCCUACACAGAUGGCGGUCUCCUCCCCGCCAGACUGCUGCCCGCCCCUCCUCUGUUUCUGUAGUGCCCACCUCCCGCCCUCACCUGCAGGACUCGGUUGUCGGGGAAGUGUGGCCUCCUCACUCACUCCGAGAGGCCGAGGAGUCCUUUUUAGCUUUGUGUUUACUGUCUGGCUGGAGCAGACGAGGAGCCGCCCUGCCCUGCACGCCGUGGGGCUCUUGCCCGGGCCGGGCCCUAAGGUUUUGUUGUGUUCUGUUGAAGGUGCCAUUUUAAAUUUUAUUUUUAUUACUUUUUUUGUAGAUGAACUUGAGCUCUGUAACUUACACCUGGAACGUUAGGAUUGGAGCGGCCGGUGGUGGCCGAGCUGCCUGGCGGGGUUGGCCCCUUGUCUUUUCAAGUAAUUUUCAUAUUAAACAAAAACAAAGAAAAAAAAUCUCAUAAAAAGGAAAAAACCCA